UAUGAAAAUAUCGUUACUGUUACUGUCGACAUGACGAGAAGUUAAACACAUGCCCUCAUAAUAAAUGUUUGCAAAUUUGUACAUUUCACAUUUGAUGAAGGUGAAACUGAAUUUGUUGUCCCAUGUUUACCAAUGUUGUAUUUUUUUUUAAAGAAAAACUCAAGGCAACUUCUCGUAAUUAUUUCAAAGAUAAGAUAAUCACCACGAAAUCCCUAUUCACUUCAAAAGAUAAUUCAUGACUAUAAAACCCGACUGCAUAUGAAGCAAACACGAAAAACACAUAUAUUUUAUACGCCAGAAAAAGACGGAAGAGUGUUUUGUUUAGAGUGAGAAUGUUUAAAGAGGCACGAUAAACACCAACUAUUUUAAUUUACUUCCAUUUAGCGGCCUGCUCCGGAACAGGUUGGUUAUCAAAUUUCAAGGUAAAUCGGCGGCAUAAAUUGAAAAAGCCGAUAGUUGACAGUAAUGCAAUUUACUUACAUCAGCAAGUGUAAAAAUAAUACUUAGAGUGUGUAGUCGUAAACCAAGUGUUAAUUAACAACCAUGGAUAUUUAAAAUCGUCACCAAUUCCGUUGUCCACGAUGUCCAAAAAAACGAUCUUAGUACCUGUGAUAAUCUGCGUUCUUUCUACACUCAGUGUAACAUAUUUUAAUUUUACACAAGAAAAACACGAAUACGAGGGCCUAAAAGUUGAACAGCUCAUCGAAAAAUUCGGGUACCCAGCAGAAGUCCACGAAGUGGUGACCGAAGAUGGGUAUAUUUUAACACUGCAUAGAAUUCCCCAUGGGAGGAAAAAAACACCUCAAGUAAGACCACCGAUUUUGUUUGUACACCCAUUUUCGUUGAGUUCUAUGGACUAUGUCCAUUUCGGACCCAACAAUUCUCUGAGUUUCCUGCUGGCGGAACGAGGGUUUGAUGUUUGGAUGGGAAACGUGAGAGGUACUACAUGGUCGCGAAAACACAAAACACUCGACCCGGAUAGAGAUUCCGCUUAUUGGGACUUCACGUUAUAUGAACUUGGAAUUUAUGACAUCCCUGCUUUGAUCGAUCACGUUUUAACAACCACCAACCACGAUUCACUUCAAUGCGUUGCUUAUUCCCAAUCAGCGUCUCUAUUUUUAACUAUGCAGUCAGAAAAACCACAAUAUAUUGAAAAAAUUAAACUGCUGACUGCUUUCGCUCCUGCAGUUUUUAUGAAAGAUCCAAAAAGUCCUGUUUUAAGAUACUUAGCCGGUGCUUGGGAACUCGAAGAGAAAGUGUUGAACGCUCUUAGUAUGCACGAAAUAUUUAAUACGAAUGGUGUUCUUGCCAGUUACUUCCGGUUUAUUUGUAGCGGAAACAAAAUUUUUGUGGAUUUGUGUUUGCAUCAUGUAUUCGUAAUGUUUGGGUACAGCUAUGACGAACUGGAUAUGAGUUUAAUACCCUUGUUUUCUUUAAAUACACCUAAUGGUAUCUCGCUGAAGCAGAUGAUACAUACGUUUCAAAUGAUACAGACAGGUAACUUCCAAAAGUAUGACUAUGGAUUAGAAAAAAAUUUGGAAUUGUAUGGUCAAGAACAACCACCACAUUAUGAUCUUUCUGAAGUGACGACACCAGUGGCACUAUACUAUGCCGACAAUGAUUGGGCCGUUAAUAUUAAGAAUAUGGGCAAGCUUGUGCGAGCACUCCCCAAUGUAGUGAAAGAGUACCAAGUACCACUGGCAACUUUUAACCACUACGACUUUAUUAGUGCGAAAAAUGUUGUUAAUCUUCUGUAUAACACCGUCAUAGAAACUAUUUUGGAAUAUCGUUAGGUCCACAAAACAAAUAACUUUAUAGGAUUAAAUAAAGUGUUACCAAUAACAA